AGUUGGCCCGAGGGAAUGAGUAGUAUGAGCAGCCUGAGACACCUAGAGAUCCGAGGAUGUUGGGGAUUGAGUUGCAUGCCCCGUUGGUUGGGCCGGUUGAGUAACCUCCAAACAAUGCCCAUGUUUAUCACAGGCGAAGAGCGUGGACGUACUAUUUCCGAGUUGGAGCACCUAAAUUUGAUCGGUGGUGGCCUUAAAAUCACGAACCUUGUCAAUGUGCGGGAUCCAUUGGAAGCGACGAAAGCAGACCUGGCAUCGAAGACAAACCUGCAAUCAUUGGUUCUGAUGUGGAACAUUCUCUCAUAUAUGGAAUCGGCAGCAUCCCCUGUAUCAGAGGUGGAGGAAGUAUUUGAGAGGCUCCAGCCUCACUCUAAUCUGAAGAACCUACGUAUAUCAGGGUAUCCAGGUAUCAAGAUCCCAACUUGGAUGGCAAGAAUGGAGCUUGCAUCGUCACCGAUCCGCAAUCUAGUUACGAUUUGGCUGAUGGGCCUCAAGAGAUGUGAGUAUCUUCCAGCGCUUGGUCACCUGCCUCUUCUUGAAAGUCUCUAUGUAACGAGAAUGCCUGCUGUAAGGAGAAUCGGAGUGGAGUUUUGUGGGGAUGGAGGUAUAUUUCCCUCGUUACGAAGCCUCAAUAUGUCCGGGUUGCGUGAUUUGGAGGAAUGGUCCGCAGAGGCAACGGCGGCUGGAAAAUCGGUAAUGCCAUUCCCUUGCCUUGAAGAGUUUAAGCUAACCGAAUGCCCCAAAUUAAGGGUAUCACCACGUGUCCCACCGUCAGUCGUGAAAGUUACUAUCGAGGGUGAUCGGCUAUUAUUUGCAGUGACCACAGGAGGGUUGUACAGACUGAAAAGUCUCACUAUUCGUAAUUGUGAAGCACUAUCAUCGCCGUUCCGGUGGGAGUGGAUGCAGGAUCUCACUGCUCUUACUAGCUUGCAUAUCAGGGACGAUAAGCUGAUGUGUUUGCCCGAGGGCAUUUUGCAGCUGCGCAUGCCCUCCCUCCAAGAGUUUUACUUGGUGUUCAGGAACCUGAAGUCUAUAUCGGGGGAAGAAAGGGAUAAGCAACAGCAGCCUCCCACCUUCUUCAUGACCAUCCAACUGUUGGAAUUAUAUUCCACCAAGAAUUUGACCGCGCUGCCGGAGUGGCUAGGGAGCCUCACAGCGCUUCAGAAGCUGUGGAUCUCGGACUGCCCCCAGCUGCUGGCGAGGCGAUGCGAGAGGGAGAGAGGCGAGGACUGGCCCAAGAUCGCUCACAUCCCAUGGAUCGACAUCUCGCCAGCCAAAGCAACGGAAGAAGACAGAGAAGAAAAUAGCCAAAGAUCUAUUACUUCAUUAAUCAGAAAGUUAAGAUUAACGAGCUGCACGGGCCAUGGCUGAUGCGGCAAUAGCACCAUCCCGUGAAAUGUUACCUCUGUUGCGAGAAAUUGGGGUAGCAGUUUGCUCGAUGCAGGCCAAGGAUGGAUUCCAGGAGUAUCAGCUCUCCGGCUCGCUGGUUUUUACUGCUGCAGCAUUUUCAGAUGACUGCUUUUGCCUCAUUGUUAAGAUCUUCGACUCCUCUGGAGAACAUCAAAUCCUCUGUUCUCCAAUGUCACUGUCCCCCUCAGGGGGAUCAAAAAUCUUCAGCAAAUCUCCAAGCCCUGCCCUGGACACCACGUUUAAAGACCAUGGCUAUGUUUCGGUCGUCCCAGCACAUCCAAGUGCGUCCACUCUGUUGCAGCGGUGUUGCUGAGUACAUCCAAUGCCUGAUGGUUUCAUGCUCCCUACAUUCUGCGGUCUGUGGAGUACUUUUCAUCAUCCCUCAGCUUCUUAUGUGCACGCAGUGCUUUAUGUAUUGGAAUGAAUAGCGGCAUAUUGAUUAUUACGUCCUCUGUAUGCUUGAAAGUGAUAGAGCAUAAAUAGUUUAUAAAUACUCUGUAAAUUACCAUUCUGUGUACCUUUAUGUUUAUUUUGUUAUUUAAUGCUGAAUUUCUCUUC